AUGUCAUCUGCUGAAAUAUCAACCACUGAGAGUGUUCCGCAAGUCGACGCAACCGGAGCAGCUCAUCCAAAGGAGCCAUCAUCUGAAGAUGGGCUCGACCGUAAAACGUUGUUUGUGAGAUCAGUUCCAUUCGAAGCUACAUCGGAAGAAUUGUCCGAAUAUUUCUCCCAGUUCGCUCCAGUCAAGCAUGCCGUCAUUGUCAAUGAUGAAAAUCAAAAGUCCCGUGGGUUUGGGUUUGUCUCCUUUACUAUGGACGAUGAUACAUUACUUGCACUUACCGAGGCCAAGACCACUAAAUUUAAGGGAAGAUUCUUAAGAGUUGACAUAGCCAAGAGAAGAGACAGAAAGGCGGAGAGAGGUACCGGCGCCGGGAUCUCCUCCGAGAACCCUAGAGAAAACAAGCAAGAGAUUGUUGAAAAGAGAAGAGCCCGUUUAAUCAUCCGUAAUUUGCCAUGGUCCUGUAAGAAACCAGACGUGUUGAAGAAGAUCUUCAGCAAGUACGGUGCCGUCUUCGAUGCGUACAUUCCAAAGAAGAAAGGUGGUCAAAUGUGUGGGUUUGCCUUUGUCACCAUGAAGAAGGAUUCUGCUGCCAAAAAAGCAAUUGAAGAGAGCGCAGGGUUGAAGAUUGACGGUAGAGAAGUGGCUGUAGAUUUGGCCAUUGAGAAGAGUAAGUGGGAAGAAAGAGUAGUGGAAGAUGAAGAAGAGGAAGAUGAUGAAGAUGAAGAAGAAGAAGAAGACGUUGAUGAAGAGAACGAUGAGGAGAACGACGAAGAAAGCGAAGAAAAAGACGACGGAUCUUUCGACAACUUGAAUGAGAUCAACACCGACGACGAAGUCGAAGAUGACGAUGCUGAAUUGAAGAUUGACGAAGAAGACGAAGAAGAUGAAGAACCGGAAGUACCAAGAGUGAAGGCCAACAAGCAAGAAGCAUUCUCCAUUUUUGUCAGAAAUAUACCGUAUGAUGCAACUGCUGAGACUUUGAAAGAACAUUUCGAAAGGUUUGGUACUGUUAAGUAUGCCUUACCAGUCAUUGACAAGGAAUCAGGGUUAGCCAAGGGUUCAGCCUUCGUUGCCUUCACCGAAGAAUCUGCAUUUGCUGACUGUGUUGAUAAUGCUCCUACUGUGGCCUCUACUUCAAUGUUGAUUGCUGACGAUGUUUCUCCAGACUACGUGUACGAUGGACGUAUCUUGUCCAUUACUUCUACUGUGGACAGAGAAUCUGCUUCUAGAUUAGCAGAAAAGAACUCUGAAAAGAGAAAGGAGGCACUUGGAAAGGCUCCUGGUGAAAGAGAUAAGCGUAACUUGUUCUUGUUGAACGAAGGUCGUAUUACUGAGAACUCUAAGUUGGCUCAAUUCAUCUCUAGAACCGAUUUGGAAUUAAGAGAAAAGUCCUUCAAGUUGAGAGUACAACAAUUAAACAAGAACCCUACUUUGCAUUUAUCAUUGACGAGAUUGGCUAUUAGAAAUCUCCCCAGAGCAAUGAAUGAGAAGGCAUUGAAGGCAUUGGGUCGUAAGUCCAUUGUUCAGUUCGCUACUGAAGUCAAAGAAGAGAAGAGACAAGGGUUAUCUAAGGAAGAAUUGACUAGAAGUGUCAAGCAUAAGCAUGACACUGGUGAAUUCCAGAAAGCAGGUGACGAUAAGAAGAAGAAAACCAAACAAUCCGGUGUCGUGAAGCAGGCUAAGGUUAUUAUGGAAGUCAAGGGUUCCGGAGAAAUAGGGCGUAGUAGAGGCUAUGGUUUCAUUGAAUUCAGAGAUCACAAAUGUGCCUUAAUGGGUUUAAGAUGGUUGAACGCACAUGAAGUUACCAUCCCCGAAAUCUUGGAAGGUUUAACUGACGAAGAGAAAAAGAUUGCUGAGUUUGAAGGGUUAUCUAAAAGAAAGUUGAUUGCAGAGUUUGCUAUUGAGAAUGCUCAAGUCAUGAAAAGAAGAAGAGACAAGGUCUUCCAAGCAAGAAGCGACAAUUCUGGAGAAAGAUCAUCGGAAAACAGGAACAAUCACGACAGAAAGAGAAGAAGAGAUGACAGGGAUCAAUCUGGUGAUGCUAACAACAAGAAAAAGGCUAGAAAGGGAAGUUCCAAAAAGGGUAACAUGAAUAAGGGAGGAGCCGGUGCUGCUGGUUCUGCUACUAAGUCUUCCGCUCCUGCUAACCUGAAUCCAUCCGGUAUGACUGACGAAAUGAAAAAGCUUAUCGGGAUCAAACGUAAGAGAAGAAAGGGGAAGAACUAA